AUGACUAGUACUGGUUAUGGCAUUUCCAUGAUCAGAAAUAUUAGAACUGUAGAUCUGACCAGGUCUCUAGACAAACUUUAUAACUUUGCUGAUUGCUCUGGACUCCACCUGAUAUUUGCUCUAAAUGCACUGCGUCGUAAUCCCAAUAACUCCUGGAACAGUUCUAGUGCCCUGAGUCUGUUGAAGUACAGCGCCAGCAAAAAGUACAACAUUUCUUGGGAACUGGGUAAUGAGCCAAAUAACUAUCGGACCAUGCAUGGCCGGGCAGUAAAUGGCAGCCAGUUGGGAAAGGAUUACAUCCAGCUGAAGAGCCUGUUGCAGCCCAUCCGGAUUUACUCCAGAGCCAGCUUGUAUGGCCCUAAUAUUGGGCGGCCCAGGAAGAACGUCAUCGCUCUCCUAGAUGGAUUCAUGAAGGUGGCAGGAAGCACGGUGGAUGCAGUUACCUGGCAACAUUGCUACAUUGAUGGCCGGGUGGUCAAGGUGAUGGACUUCCUGAAAACUCGCCUGUUAGACACACUCUCUGACCAGAUUAGGAAAAUUCAGAAAGUGGUUAACACAUACACCCCAGGAAAGAAGAUAUGGCUUGAAGGUGUGGUGACCACCUCAGCUGGAGGCACGAACAAUCUAUCAGAUUCCUAUGCUGCAGGAUUCUUAUGGUUGAACACCUUAGGAAUGCUGGCCAACCAGGGCAUUGACGUCGUGAUCCGACAUUCAUUUUUUGACCAUGGAUACAAUCACCUUGUGGACCAGAAUUUUAACCCGUUACCAGACUACUGGCUCUCUCUCCUUUACAAGCGUCUGAUCGGCCCCAAAGUCUUGGCCGUGCAUGUGGCUGGGCUUCAGCGGAAGCCUCGGCCAGGCCGAGUGAUCCGGGACAAACUAAGGAUUUAUGCUCACUGCACAAACCAUCACAACCAUAACUACGUCCGUGGGUCCAUUACACUUUUUAUCAUCAACCUGCAUCGAUCAAGAAAGAAAAUCAAACUGGCUGGGACUCUCAGGGACAAGCUGGUGCACCAGUACCUGCUACAGCCCUACGGCCAGGAGGGCCUGAGGUCCAGGUCGGUGCAGCUGAAUGGCCAGCCCUUAGUGAUGGUGGACGACGGGACCCUUCCAGAACUGAAGCCCCGCCCACUGAGGGCUGGCCGGACAUUGGUCAUCCCUCCAGUCACCAUGGGCUUUUAUGUGGUCAAGAACGUCAAUGCUUUGGCUUGCCGCUACCGAUAAACCACCCUCACACUCACAAGCUACCAGUGGGCCUGCUGGACUGCUCCCCAUUCUUCCACCCUAAUAGUAUCCUUAUUUUUCUGACAUCUUCUUAGCAACCAGCCUUUGCCACCCCCAUCCAGCUGGAAUCAGCAUAGACUUGAUCUCCAAAGAGACUAAACGUCCUAGUGUGGGCUUAGCUUAGGUAGGUCACGCCACCCCAGAGGGAAAUGUAGCCGUCACGUGUACCUGUGUAAGGGUGGGGGCUGUGUGCGGCCUGUACCUUUCUAUCUGCGUGCUCCAGGAAGACGAGCUGACGGUGCGCUCCCAGACAACUCCCUGUGGUCAGGGCCACAUCGCAGUGUCAGUUCCAACCCCAGCCUCAGCCCCCGACUGCUGUCCUCAACAGAAGAUGGGCAAGGACAAAACAGGGUGGAUCUGCAAGAACUCUCUCCCCGUCUAACUCCCUCUCCUUUGUCUGUUUCCUGCUGCUGCCCUGGGUUUCCCGCCACCUCUCUUCCCAUAGGGGAGCAAACAGGUGGACGAGCUGCGGCCUGCUGGGCGAGCUGUUUGUGUAAUUUCCCGGCUGAUGUAUGAGAGUGUGCGUCUGGGCUUCUGACAGUGCCAUCCAUCACCGGCUGCCCCUCUGGGAAGCGGGCGCUUCAAAAGUAAAAUUACCAUCACACAGAGGCUCUGGGAGAGGGCUCUGUUCCUCGGUGGGUCCAGUUUCCCCCAGGGUUGGAACGGGAGUCGGGUAACAGUAUUCUGAGUGGAAUGCAGCGUAUUAGGUACACCGAAAGCAAUCAUCAUCCUUCAUGUGGCUGUGAGAGAGAGUUUUAGUACAAAGAGAAAGCACUUGAGACAUCAAAUGCGUGCACCAACUGAAUGAAACAAAUUAGGCCUGCCCCCGCAUCGAGAGAAUAGUUAGGGCUUGAUAGGAUAAGCCCAUGAUUCUUGGGCUGCCAAAAUCAAUUUUAAAAGAAGAUGUGACUCAAAGGUCACCACCCUGAGCUACAACCAAAUCUAACUUCCAGCCUCUUCCCAAGCAGCAGGGUACUCCCCCAAUGGCACUUCCAAGGCAGAAACCCAACCCAGCAUUAAAGAUGACUGGUCCAUCCUAUGCUAGGCCAGCUUGUUUGCAUGUAGAACAAAGCUUCCGGUUAGCCAUCUGGGGGAAGAGUGGAGAAGCCGGAGACAGAUCUGAUGGCAAAACUGGAAUGGCAGGAGGGAAGCUCCCGGGUUGGGGAGUGGAGUGAGCUGAAGUUCAUGCAUAGGGCCCUCUGUACAAUUCAAGGGACGUGUGGGUCUUGACGAACAAACUGCAAAUGAAAUGAUUUUCCGCAGAUGUGAUUUCCUUCCUCAGGAUAAAUGGCUCGAAACAUGUUUUUCUUAAAAGGAGGAGACAUUUGACACUGUCCUGAGUUCCAGCUAAGACGGCGACACAACGUCUGCCAUUCGGAAGGAUAGAAAUGGGGCAGAGGGAGAGGCAGGUUUGCUAAAGGCAGAGCUCAAGGAGACCGCCUAAGAUGCCCGAGGAAUUAAGGAUUCGGGCCAGGUCUGCACAGUGAGACGAGACGAUGAGACGAGAGGAAGCAGAGGGUUCCCGGCUGGAGAACUAGGAUCUGGGAGUGGGAAGCGACCUUACUUCUGUGCAUAAGGAAGAUAGACGCGGUUUCGGACAUGCUCCUUAUCAAGUGCAGGACCAGCACCCAGGACGUAGAGCUGCAGCAAACAAAACCCGGGGGCGGAGGCCUGAGAAGGACCCGUCAGUGACUGCCUAGCAUAGAGGCAGCCAGAGAGAGGAGCGAGCCCUGAGACAGCCCCGAGGCUACCCAAAGGGGGCUCUUUUCUCUGAGAGCAGGCACCUCCUGCUGAAGCAUCAGCUCUGAGCAGGCAGAGAAAGGCACGCCAAGACUGGAGGUAGGAAGGAGAGAAAAGAAAGGACAGAUGGACAGGCCAAAGUGGGGGAGAGAGAGGAAAAGAGAAACGAGACAAGAAGGUUAUUCUAAACGGUCUUUUGGCCAGAGGGUGUGUGCGCCCACAUGCACAUGCUUGAGACACACGAGAGAGAGAGAGAAAGAGGGAGAGAGAGAAAGCGCCCCUCAACGAGGCCGGGUCACACAAUCCCCUCUUCCUCCAGUACUCUGUCCCAGCAGAAUCCUGGGCAGGUGCACGUGUGUCCGCCAUGUUUUUCAGCCUCGAGGCUGGGAUUCGAAUGGUGAGCCAUGUAGGAUCUGGCUCCCUCUGCCCAGAGUAUAACCGCUGAGCUCUGCCUGCCUCAGACUUGGAAAAGUCGCUUCUGUAUACAGGUCAGCUGCAGCGCCGUAGCUAGACGUCCCUCAGGGCCAGACCCUCUGAUCGGUUCCGCACACACCGUAGCCUGGAUGGAGCUACCAGUUUCCUGGGCCAGGAAGAGGGAUUAUAGCUUGCUCAGGGUCACUCAGGGGAGAGAGUUGCUGAGUAUGGAAUUGUCCAGAACCAGCCCCCUUAACCACCAAACUUAGUGGCUAGCCAAGUCGUGGACUCCCCCUUUCACCUCCUCGUAGAUUCUGCUCUCAGUACAGCCAGGACUUCCGGAGCUCCAUGCAAACACUUUCUGUAAAUACAUUUUGAUUCUUCA